GCCGCGAACAACUUGAGCCGCGAACAAUGGCCUCGAAGUUCCUCGACGGGCUGCUGCACGGGCCGUCCGCGCGGACGGCAGAAUACGUCGACACCGCUUCCACCCUACAGACUCCUCUGGACGAGGAGCGGGCAAUAAGCACGGUGCAGACGGCGGCGCUGGGAGAUCAGCAGCUCGGCGGCGAUAAAUUGCCUUGGAGCACAGAAACCCUCGCGCAGUACGAGUUCGAGCACUUUUUCGACUUUGAGGUCAGCAAGGCUGUCUUUUUCCUCAGUGUGGUUGCCGUGGCCAUCGUGCGGGCCACCUUCACUCCCUUCGGGCGUGUCACGAGCGCUGGCCGGGAGUGGCUCGACCGCGCGACGUUUGCGCUGCGGUGGGUGGCGAGCGCGGAUUCGCUGCAGCAGCUUGGUGGGCCGCCUGCCGUCGCGCCAGCCGAGGACUCAUGCCAACGGCGAAAAGUCGUCUCAGGCCGCUUCACGCGGUCCUCUUACGAGAGAUACUGCCACGCGAAUGCAUUGAGUCCUGAUGCACUCUGCUGGUCGGCGCUGCCCAUCUAGCGGGCCAUGUUUGUAUUUAUUUAGCGAGGGCUCAAAGUACACGGCGACUCGCAAAACAGGAGUGCCCAGCAACGCGAACAGGAACGUGGUCGUGGAGCGAGAGAGACGUCAGACGACACCGCCACUAAAGACUAGUUGCAAAUACGCGGGAUAUACGGGUGCUGUGUCACAAUGACCACUUUUGAUGUUCUU